AUGGGUGAUAAUAUACCGCAGAUUCUCGAGAACGAGGGUGUAGUACGCACCGUUCUGUCGGAGAAUCUGGGUUACCCGUGCGAUCCAUUUAUUCCAAACUACGAACUUCUGGACGAUGCAAGAUGUUGGGAAGACAUCGAACGCGAAUUCCAGAAGGACACUUCUGCCAGUGACGAGCUAUUCGAGAUUCGGUCUGACCGCACAGAUCGCCAGCUUUCGUUCUACCUAUCGCAUCUCAUAGCAAAUGGCGAGCAUAGUUCUCGAGGGGUAUACCUAACAUCUCUUGCUAUAAAACACAACCCUGCAAACUACACCGCAUGGGCAUAUCGCAUGGACUGCGCUGAAAAGCUGCAGUUGUCUCUGACUGACGAAAUGGAUUUCACAAGAAAGAUUGCAUACGAGUCGCCAAAAUCGUACCAGGCUUGGCAAUACCGGCGGCGCCUGUGCGAGAUGCAUGAUGACCCGUAUAACGAACCCGAGACAUGGCUGAUGACUCGUUUCGAUAUGAAUCGGGAUAGGCUACACAAGGAGCUCGAGUUCGUGGCAUUCCUGUUGGACAGUGACGUCUACAACAAUACCGCAUGGGUUUACAAAGCCUUUUUACUUGAACACUAUGGACAUAUGUUGGAGGAUGCGAUGCAUCUACAAGGUUAUGUAUCUGACCUUCGGCGGAUGCUGGCGUCGCCGUGGAACGAGAGUCUAUCGCAGUAUUUGGCGGCGGCAUCAUCAAAGAUAGAUGGCAAGCAGACGGGAUGCUUGCGUCUGGAUUCUUGUAUUCAGGGCUGCGUUGGCGGCCUUGCAACGUGCACCGUUGCGGCUAUUGAAGCAUGCACAGAUAUAACCCCGGCACUUCUUAUACUGAAACGCGAGAUAUGUGGCGAAAAGGAGCAUUCAACACACCCAUUUCUUGGAUUGGUUCCGUGCGCACUAGAGGAACAAUCACCGUAUGUGGGUUGUGUUAUGUCCAGAGAGCGUAUAAGCAUACUAGUUGGCUCAAUGUAUGUAGCCGAACUACAGGACGGUAAUCGACAGCGAAUGUCGUCAACAGGCAAGCGUGCAAGGUGCAAAAACGCGUAUCAUCUGGAGCCAAGUGCCCGAGAUUACCACAUCUGUGAUAUAUGCAGUGCGUUAUUCUGCUUUUCUUACAAUCCACUCUGA